CGGAGAAGGGAGGCGGAGGCAGCGAAUGACCGCGACCCCGAGGCAACUGGCAAACUCUCAGCUCCCGGCGCUGCUGCCGCCGCCGCCGUCCCCACCCGAAGCGCACGCAGUCCCGGCUGCCGGCCCAGCUGAGUCCUCCGCGGGAUGGGGAUGGAGCGCGGGGAGCUCGGGAGGAAGGUGGCGUGCUGGCCAGGGAUGGAGAGCCAUCGGCCGCCGGGACAGGGCCACAGAGACGCGGCGGCUCCCGCGCGUCUCAGGAGAGAUCCAGGCUUGGGAAACCUCUCCGGUACCCCCCAAGCUUCGAAGGAGAGGAAACCCCGAAAGUGCGUGUGGUGGAGGGGAGGAGACCCGACGCGGCGAUUCCCCGCAGCGCACCCGGUUCCCACUCCCACCCGCGGAGCUGGCCACGUAUGUCGCGGGCCGGUCCGCGGCGAGGCUGGGUUCCCGGGGUCCAGCGCGCGUGAGGGUGCGUGUCUAGCUGGGGUGCGCGAGUGUGUGUCCGAGUUUUCUGUGCUCCGGGGGCGGCGGUGGGCUGUUCCCGUCGCUGGGUUCGGGGCCAGGCGCGUGUGGCACUGGGGCUGUCUCGAUGCGCGGGGCCCAGGAUGCGGGCUUCCCAUCAUUACAAACCAGGGGCAUCAAGGGGCACACACUCUCGGAGAGCGAAGGGAAAAAGUUUGCUCCGAGUCCAAACUUCAGGCUCCCGAGGCUCCCGGCGCGCGCCCCCUCCCGCCGCAGACUCGACCCCGGCCCCGCGCCGGCCCCGCUUCUCUGCCGGCACCCCGACGCCCGACACCGAAAGUUGAGCCAGGCGGCCUGGGCUUAUUGAUUUCUCUCCCCGCGGCGAUCGCCCAGAGCGCAGAGCCAGGAGUGAAGGGGCCGAGGGGAAGACGAUUUCGCCUCUCGCCUGACGCCGCCGCCGCCCCCCCCUUCAUUUGACUUAUGGAAAUGG